CUUUAAUUGAAGAUAAUUAUUUUAAGAUUCUAUGAAAUACGCGAAAAUUACAGAUGAAACACGAUUAGCAUUCAUCGAAAAAGUAAAAUAAGGCACUUGUACCAUAAAGCAAGCCGCUAAAUAAUUUGGAAUAAAAUUUUCAACAGGAAAAGCAAUCCUAUCUCUUUAUAAACAUGAAGGGAGAGUAGGAAAAAAAGAAAGGAGGACUAGAAGAUUGAAAAAACAAAUAGAAGAAUAAGAAAAAUAAACCUAUAAAUGUUUAAAGGAUGAACCAUUUGUAGAAGCUAAAUAAGUUUAGGAGGUUUCGAACUGCCAAAACUCUUCAACUUAUUUUCAUUCUUAUUAACCUUAGUACUACAACUAUUAGUAAUGGUAUUAAACAUAAAUGUGGUAAUAAUAUAUGAAUGGACAAUCUCCAAUGAAUUAUUAUAUUUUUAGAAAUAUAUUUUGA